AUGUAUUUUGAUGGAGCUUCUAAUAUGCUUGGACGAGGGAUUGGCACAGUGCUAAUCUCUCCACAAGGAAAAUACAUUCCCAUAACGGCAAGACUCAACUUCGAUUGUACAAACAAUAUGGCUGAAUACGAAGCUUGCGCGCUGGGAAUCCAAGCAGCCAUCAACAACGGUAUCCUAAAGCUCAAAGUAUUUGGUGAUUCGGCCCUAGUCAUCUACCAACUACGAGGUGAGUGGGAAGUCCGAAAUCCCAAACUGAUACCAUAUGUUGAGCACAUCAAAGAUUUGAUACACCUCCUCCAAAGUGUCAUCUUUGAAUACAUUCCAAGGGAGGAGAAUCAGUUUGCCGACGCUCUUGCUACGCUCUCAUCAAUGUUCGCCUUGGAUAGUGAGCAUGAAAUGCCCCUCAUUAAUAUCCGGCGGCACGAUAAGCAAGCGUUCUGCCUUCUGAUAGAUGAAACAGUUGAUGAUCAUCCAUGGUUCCAUGACAUCAAGCAAUAUUUGACAAAAGGGGAAUAUCCUGAUGCGGCCAAUGAUAAUGACAAGAAGCAUAUCCGUAGAAGGGCCAUGGGAUUUCUGCUAGUCGGCGAAACCCUCUACAAGAAAAAUUAUGACUCGGUCUUGUUGAGAUGUAUAGACCAAGUCGAAGCUCAAAAUAUGAUCAAAGAAGUUCAUGAGGGGGUUUUCGGUACCCAUAUCCCCGGGCCCGCCAUGGCUAAAAAGAUCCUCAGAGCGGGAUACUAUUGGUCAACCAUGGAAAGGGAUUGUUACCAAUACGUGCGGAAAUGCCAUAAGUGUCAAGCAUACGCCGACAACAGUAAUGUCCCACCAACUGCACUCAUCGUAUUGGCUUCACCUUGGCCAUUUGCAAUGUGGGGCAUGGAUGUUAUUGGACCCAUCGAGCCGAAAGCAUCCAAUGGACAUAGAUUCAUCCUUGUGGCCAUUGACUACUUCACUAAAUGGGUAGAAGCGACAUCGUAUGCUCAUGUGACCCGAAAGGUGGUAACAUCCUUCAUUAAGAAAAACAUUAUAUGCAGAUACGGUAUUCCCGACAAAAUCAUCACUGAUAAUGGAUCCAAUUUGAAUAACAAAAUGGUGGAAGAACUGUGCCAAGAAUUCAAGAUCCAACACCACAACUCUUCCCCAUAUCGGCCAAAGAUGAAUGGGGCAGUCGAGGCAGCCAAUAAAAACAUCAAGAAAAUAGUGCAAAAGAUGGUUGUCUCAUUUAAAGACUGGCAUGAGAUGUUACCCUUCGCUCUUCAUGAUGAUGCAUGGACCAUGUAUUUUGAUGGAGCUUCUAAUAUGCUUGGACGAGGGAUUGGCACAGUGCUAAUCUCUCCACAAGGAAAAUACAUUCCCAUAACGGCAAGACUCAACUUCGAUUGUACAAACAAUAUGGCUGAAUACGAAGCUUGCGCGCUGGGAAUCCAACCAGCCAUCAACAACGGUAUCCUAAAGCUCAAAGUAUUUGGUGAUUCGGCCCUAGUCAUCUACCAACUACGAGAGGCACUUCUCCAAAAAGGGAAAACCCAAAAAAAUCAAUACCCAUUCCCCAAGCGGAAUUCGGUAUUCGACCAUAGACCGAACGUCAAGAUAAUCCGCCUAACAGAAGAGGCCAAGCCCGCCAUGGCUAAAAAGAUCCUCAGAGCGGGAUACUAUUGGUCAACCAUGGAAAGGGAUUGUUACCAAUACGUGCGGAAAUGCCAUAAGUGUCAAGCAUACGCCGACAACAUUCAUGUCCCACCAACUGCACUCAACGUAUUGGCUUCACCUUGGCCAUUUGCAAUGUGGGGCAUGGAUGUUAUUGGACCCAUCGAGCCGAAAGCAUCCAAUGGACAUAGAUUCAUCCUUGUGGCCAUUGACUACUUCACCAAAUGGGUAGAAGCGGCAUCGUAUGCUCAUGUGACCCGAAAGGUGGCUUAG